UGUUAUCCGCCAGUAGUGGCUGCGCUCCGUCAUGUUUGUUAGCCCAAAACGUCAGGCGUGGAGUGUACGUGUUAUUCUCUAAAACAUAAAUUUUGUGAAAAUGGUUACUUGUGUUGCCUACGGUUGCACAAAUAGAAGCGGGAAGUCAGGUGCUACUUUCCACAGCUUCCCGAAAGACAACGCAUUGAGACGCUUGUGGAUCAAGGCAUUGCGACGAAAAGACUGGGAACCGACAAAAUCUAGCAAAAUAUGUUCAGAUCAUUUCCGUGAAGCUGACAUUGAUCGAACGUCGUUAUUAUGUGUUCGCAUUAGAGACGGUGCAGUGCCGUGCAUAUUCUCAUUUCCGACACGCAUGCAGAAUAUUCAUUUAUACACAUUUCUUGGUCAGGAUGAACUGAAAAAUUUUGAACACUGCCCAACUUAUGUGUACCAGGUAUUCAGUUAUACAGGAGAAAUGUUUGCAAAAUCUCAGCAGAGGUAUGGAGAGUGUGUUUGUCAAGGAUCCACUUUCAGUAGGAUUCAGAGUGGAUAUUUGAUUGAAGGUGAACAUCAAGAACUGAACAGGAAGUUAAAAGAUUAUGGAAAAAUGAAUUCAACUCUCACCACUGUAAAAGAAUUUCAUAUGAGGGAAAUCUUUGAAAAGAUUUCUCCAAACAGCUUUCAUGAAACUGAAGUAUAA